AUGACUGAGGAUAACUUGCAAAUGGUGGUCGUUCAGACCCAGAACUCUGGUGUUCUUCACGUUUACGUGCAAGGAAAUUUGGAGGAGCGUGGCGGAAAGACCAUCAUCUUGACUGUUCACGAUAUCGGAACUAACCACAAGAGUUUCGUUCGUUUUGUCAACCAUCCAAGCAUGUCUGCUGUCAAGGAGAAGGCCAUCUUCCUUCACGUCUGCGUUCCAGGCCAGGAAGACAACUCUGCCGACUUCUUCGGAGAUUUCCCGACUCUCGAUGGUAUCGGAGAUGACUUGAACGCUGUUCUCGACAAAUUCGAGGUCAAGUCGGCCAUAGCUUUCGGGGAAGGUGUUGGAGCUAACAUCAUCUGCCGUUUUGCUAUGGGACACCCCAACAGAAUCAUGGGUAUCAUCUUGGUCCACUGCACCUCCACCACUGCUGGAAUCAUCGAGUACUGCAAAGAAAAGGUCAUGAACAUGCGUCUGGAGAACUCGAUCAUGUCCGAUGGAGCCUGGGACUAUUUGUUGGCUCACAAGUUCGGAGGAGAAUCGAAAUCUCGUCAGGAGUACUUGGAGGAGCUUAAGCAGACUUUGAACGCCAAGAACUUGUCCAAGUAUUUGGUCGCUUUCACCAAGAGAACCGAUCUUUCGGCUACCAUCGGAACUAAACUUGAGACUGUUGACGCUCUCCUCGUCACCGGAAGCAAGGCGUCGCACCUUCACACCGUCUACACAACUCAUAAGUCAAUGAACAAGAAGAAGACCACUCUUCUCGUCGUCGACAACGUCGCCGAUGUCAUGCAAGAGGCGCCGGACAAGCUUGCUCGCUCACUCAUCCUUCUCUGUAAGGGAUGCGGAGUUCUCUCGGGAGUCGCCAUCCCAGGAAUGGAACGUCAGAGAACUCUCUCGAGCUCGAUGGAAGAGGCUGAUCGCCCGCGUCGCAUGUCUGUCACUCAACCACAUCUUCCACCAGUCCCAUCUGCAUAA